GGCAAAAAGUGACCCAAAAAAAUUGAGCUGAAGCAGUCAAACGCAAACGAGAGUGAAAGAGGGAAACCCUUCCUUCCUCGUCGUCGUCGCCGCCGCCGCUACCACCCACCGCCGCAGCUUCUGUCCGUCGAGCCGCCGCUCAGUUGCACGCUCCAGCGAUCUACAAUAUCCAACACCAAAAUAAGAAUCAAGCAAGUGUGAUGUCUGGGUACAUUAGACGAGCAAUCUCGUGCCAGAACUUGUUACAGCUCCGAAACUCUGCUUUCCAUGUUUGUGAUGUCCCUGGUGCUAUCCAAAUUCGUGCGUUGGAAAGUAAUAGGGUAUCCACUCUUCCAGCUGCAGCUAAUUUUAUUGUAGAAAGUCGCAGAGCCUUUGCAAAAGGGCGUAAGUCAAAGGAUGAUGCUGGUAUGAGUACAAUUGAAGUUCCACUAGUCCUUGGGCCUACUAUUAAGGCAAAUGCUGUCUCACAGAUGGAGGCUGCAAUUUCUGCAUUAUCAACAGAACUAAGCAAGCUACGGACAGGAAGGGCAUCUCCAGGAAUGCUUGAUCACAUUAUUGUAGAAACUGGUGGCGUGAAGAUACCUCUGGUUCGGAUUGCUCUUGUUUCGGUCAUAGAUCCAAAAACGUUAUCUGUUAAUCCUUAUGAUCCGCAGACCCUUAAACAAUUAGAAAAUGCCAUUGUUUCGUCUCCAUUGGGGUUAAAUCCUAAAGCAGAUGGCGAGAGAUUGAUUGCUGCCAUUCCACCAUUGACCAAAGAGCAUAUGCAGGCCAUGAAUAAGUUGGUGACUAAAUCUUGUGAAGAUGCUCGGCAAAGCAUUAGAAGAGCUCGGCAAAAGGCAAUGGAUGCCAUUAAGAAAUUGAAUUCAAGUCUCCCCAAGGACGACAUUAAAAGAUUGGAGAAAGAAGUUGAUGAUUUGACAAAAAAGUUUAUUAAGACCGCGGAAGAUACAUGCAAAGCAAAGGAGAAGGAAAUUAGUCAAGGUUGAGACCCGGUGUUAUUGCUAGAAUUUGCAGAGGAUUUACUGCUGCAUUUCUCAUUUAAUUUGCCGAGGCCUGAAAUUUGUGUGGUCUUAGCUGAGUAUCUUUUAACUCAUAAUUAUAUGUAAGGAGUAAGGACUACCUUGGUAUUCUAGCAAUUUUGAAGACAAAAGAUGAAUCUCAGUUUCAACCUGUUUUGGUUUGGAGUUGCUGCA